CAAUCGGGGUUGUUACCCUUGAGUCAUGUGUCCCAACCCCAGUUUAUUAGCAACUCCAAAUGCUAAUAAAAAUCCGUUUCUUCGAUAAAAGGAAGCAUUAAAUUUUUACGAAUUUUUUAAAAAACAGACAUCUCAUUGUUUUGUUUAUUUUGUUUUUAGAACAGGGCUAGAAAGCAUCUGAAAGACGGUUUUAAAGAAAGCAAGGAAGGCUCCUUGCCUGGGACUGUAUUUUAGUUGUGCUCAAAGUGAUGGAAGUUGAUUUGCGUUAUCCUGCCACUAAGACUGAAACGUCCUGCCCAGGAAAACUCCCGCCAAACAUGCGGAGUUUACCGAAAAUGGACUUUACAGAGAGCUGCCAUAAAUUCAAAACUAACUACCCGGGCCGCAGGUUUUGCGAGACAGGGAAGCAAGCAGGGACUCAGAGAGCCUCGUUCCUCCCCUCCAGAGUUCUCCUAAGUGCCUCCUCCCUACUCCUGGAAUCGGAACUAUCACCCGCAGAUCUGCCCGAUCUCCUCCUCUGCCCAGUUCGGACAGUCUCUAAUGCCAGGUUACAGCCCUGGCCGCCUCAGGCACCACUGUGCUAGCUCCCCUCCCCUUGCCUUCAAGCGGAUCCCCCGUGGUCCCAGCCCUCCAAGAGCUGCGGGGCGAUGAUUGGCGGCGACGCUGACAGGAGGCGGGGCCUGGAAGUCUCAGCCAAACCCGCCCUCGCGUAUAAGCCCCUUCUCGGCUCUCUCUCUCCAUCUCUCUCCUCUUUCUCUCUUGCUCCCUUCCUCCCUGUAACUGAACAGUGAAAAUUCACAUUGUGGAUCCGCUAACAGGCACAGAUGUCAUGUGAAAACGCACAUGCUCUGCCAUCCACACCGCCUUUCUUCCUUUUCUUUCUGUUUCCUUUUUUUUCCUUGCUCCUUCUCCCUCUUCUUUGUAACUAACAAAACCACCACCAACUCCUCCUCCUGCUCCUGCCCUUCCUCCUCUUCAGUCCAAGUGAUCACAAAAGAAAUCUUCUGAGCCGGAGGCGGUGGCAUUUUUAAAAAGCAAGCACAUUGGAGAGAAAGAAAAAAGAAAAACAAAAGCAAAACAAAACCUAGGCACCAGCCAUUCAGCACAUUUUUUUCACCCUUCCUGAAAACAAACAAACAACCAAACAACCAUCAAAACAGUCACCACCACCAUCAUCAAAACUGUUAACAUAGCAGCGGCAGCAGCGACAAACGUCACCCUCCGGCCACGGCGUCCACCUAAAGGGAUGGUUUUCCGGGUGGAACAGCUCUUCGCCGACCACCUACUUCACUUGUGCUGAGAGGGAUUUUUGGGCUCUCCGGGGUUUGGGCUGGGAGCAGCUUUAUGACUACGAGGAGCGGAAGAGCGGCCACACCAUGCGAGGGAGACUGGAGUUUAAAUCUUUCAUUCAGUCCUGAAGUAACAGUCAGCAUGAAGCACAGCAAAGCACAAAUUGAAGUGAUACCAUGCAAAAUUUGUGGCGAUAAAUCCUCUGGGAUCCACUACGGAGUCAUCACAUGUGAAGGCUGCAAGGGAUUCUUUAGGAGGAGCCAGCAGAACAAUGCCUCUUACUCCUGCCCAAGGCAGAGAAACUGUUUAAUUGACAGAACCAACAGAAACCGUUGCCAACACUGCCGACUGCAGAAGUGUCUUGCUCUAGGAAUGUCAAGAGAUGCUGUGAAGUUUGGGAGGAUGUCCAAGAAGCAAAGGGACAGCCUCUAUGCCGAGGUGCAGAAGCACCAGCAGAGGCUGCAGGAGCAACGGCAGCAGCAGAGCGGGGAGGCAGAAGCCCUCGCCAGAGUGUAUAGCAGCAGCAUCAGUAAUGGCCUCAGCAACCUGAACAACGAGGCCAGUGGCACUUAUGCCAAUGGACACGUCAUCGACCUGCCCAAGUCUGAGGGUUAUUACAGCGUGGAUUCCGGUCAGCCGUCCCCUGAUCAGUCAGGACUUGACAUGACUGGAAUCAAACAGAUAAAGCAAGAACCUAUCUAUGACCUCACCUCCGUACCCAACUUGUUUACCUAUAGCUCUUUCAACAACGGGCAGUUAGCACCAGGGAUAACAAUGACUGAAAUCGAUCGAAUUGCACAGAACAUCAUUAAGUCCCAUUUGGAGACUUGUCAAUACACGAUGGAGGAGCUUCACCAGCUGGCUUGGCAGACCCACACCUAUGAAGAAAUUAAAGCGUAUCAAAGCAAGUCCCGGGAAGCACUGUGGCAGCAGUGUGCCAUCCAGAUCACUCACGCCAUCCAAUAUGUGGUAGAGUUUGCAAAGCGAAUAACAGGCUUCAUGGAGCUCUGUCAAAAUGAUCAAAUCCUCCUUCUGAAGUCAGGUUGCUUGGAAGUGGUUUUAGUGAGAAUGUGCCGUGCCUUCAACCCAUUAAACAACACUGUUCUGUUUGAAGGAAAAUAUGGAGGAAUGCAAAUGUUCAAGGCCUUAGGUUCUGAUGACCUAGUGAAUGAAGCAUUUGACUUUGCAAAGAAUCUGUGUUCCUUGCAGCUGACUGAGGAAGAGAUUGCUUUGUUCUCCUCUGCUGUUCUGAUAUCUCCAGAUCGAGCCUGGCUGAUAGAACCAAGGAAGGUCCAGAAGCUUCAGGAAAAAAUUUAUUUUGCACUUCAACAUGUGAUUCAGAAGAAUCACCUGGAUGAUGAGACCUUGGCAAAGUUAAUAGCCAAGAUUCCAACCAUCACGGCAGUUUGCAACUUGCACGGGGAGAAGCUGCAGGUAUUUAAGCAAUCGCAUCCAGACAUAGUGAAUACACUCUUUCCUCCAUUAUACAAGGAGCUCUUUAAUCCUGACUGUGCCACCGUCUGCAAAUGAAGGCGACGCGAGAACUGUCUCAUAGUCAUGGAAUGCAUCACCAUUAAGACAAAAGCAAUGUGUUCAUGAAGACUUAAGGAAAAUGUCACUACUGCAACAUUAGGAAUGUCCUGCACUUAAUAGAAUUAUUUUUCACCGCUACAGUUUGAAGAAUGUAAAUAUGCACCUGAGUGGGGCUCUUUUAUUUGUUUGUUUUUGAAAUGACCAUAAAUAUACAAAUAUAGGACACUGGGUGUUAUCUUUUUUUUUAAUUUUAUUCAGGUAUGUUUUGGGAGACAACUGUUUAUAGAAUUUUAUUGUAGAUAUAUAUGAGAACAGAGCAGUACUUUACAUGAUUACUUUUCCUGUUGAUUGUUCAAAUAUAAUUUAAGAAAAUUCCACUUAAUAGGCUUACCUAUUUCUAUGUUUUUAGAUAGUUGAUGCAUGUGUAAAUUUGUAGCUGUCUUGGAAAGCGCCGUGCGUGUAUGUAAUAAGUAUAUAAUAUCUGAGAAUAUUAUAUAUAUUACUUAUACAUGCACAUGCACUGCAGCUUAAAAUAACAUACCUACUAGCAAAGGAGGUUCAGUCAGGCUCUCUUAUGUUAUUUAACCUUCUGUCUUGUAUGUUACCUUUAUGUUAGACAAUCAGGAUUUUGUUUUCCCAGCCAGAGUUUUCAUCUACAGUCAAUAGCAGAAUGGUACCGAUUCAGAAAUAAGUCUACAAAGGAAUAAAACAUCAUGCAUGGCAUCUGUAUAAAAACUCUUAUUUUGAUCAAUGACAUCAAAGCCUUGUCAAGAUGGUACAUUUUGGAGAAAAAGUAAGUUUUUGGAGCCAUUUUCCUGUUUUAAGAAUUAGGCCACAGAUAACAUUGUGGAGUCCAGGGCUUUUUUGACCAAACAACAGAUAUUUCCUAUUUUUCACCAGGACACAUAAAAUACUUUUUUCUUUGGAUUUCAAGUUGUGAAAGAAACUUGAUUUUGGUGCUUAUUGUGUCUUCAACAGAGGAAUACAGUCUGUAGAUUAUGACCACCAGCAAUUUUUUCUAAUUAGAGUAAGAGUGUCAGGGUCCUAAUGCCAUUUUUAUGUAAAAAUUUUCUCUCUAACCAUUUAUUUUUUGCAAAGAAAAGACAGAAAAAGAAUAUACGAAGUAAAGAAGUAGCUCUUUGUAUUCCUUCUUCUUAAUAAGUCUGUUAGAAAAAGCAGCAAUAAAAGGGGAGGCAGUACUUUUUAAUGUCCUUCUAGUCUGAGGCCUCAAUUUUUUCAACUCCAAAAUACUGUAUUAUAAAAAUAUGGCAAAAGCUUGAUAGAUUAACAUAAAAGAUCUAGGUUAUUCUACAGAAUUAAGAACCCCAAAGCCAAAACUAUUUCCUGUGCAGUUUGAAAUUGCAUCAUCCAUCUUUCCUGGGCUUCUUUAGUAACUUUCAACAGUCGAGAGAAUGCAAGAGGUGAGGUGAGGAUUGGACAGUUGUGACUUCCUAGUACAAGUCCUGCUCUCCAAUCUGAGUGAUCACCAGAGGAGCAUGAAUCGCAAGGAGUUUGUUCUGCCUGUGGUCUAGAGGCCUGAUGCCUUUGGUCUUAGCUAAUCCAAAAUAAGAUUUCUUUAAAGGGAGCUAGAGAAGAGCUUUGUGUAUAACAAUGAAAACUAUGACCUCCUCUAAGCAUAGCCUGGCCAUCAACUCAUGAGGACUUGCCCUUUUCUCCUUGUCUAAUAUACAUGCACGCACAAAUGCAUACCUGAUUUAUUAAGUUGCCAGUAGUGGACAGUUUGAUCUUUUUUAAUCUCUUACACUGUCCUGAAGUUAGAUGGUUAGAUUGCCAUGAUGCUACAGAACUGCACAUUGAUGAUCAAACAGUAAUGUUUGCCUUUUCUUUUAGAAAACAGUCUUCGCAUCUCAUGAUUGAUGAAUUCCAAACCAUUGGGGAUAAACAAAAAAGGCUUUAAAAUAAUGAAUCUCUUUCUCAACUACUGUUAUAUUCAAUUAAUUUAACUACAUUGAACCAAAUUACCUUCAGUGUCUAGGAAGACAGCUGUAGACUGCUUAUUAUGCUGCUACAGGGACUCAAUUCUUUUUGGUGUAAAUGUCACUCCUGUUAGCUCUUUGUAUAAAGAAUUAAUUCCAAGAGUCAUAUUUCCUUCUAAUGGAAAGAUUACUUUACUGAUUGCUAGGAAAACAGGGUAAUGGAAGGCACUCAAUUAAACGAAGCCAUUUCCAAAUGCAAUGUAUGUUUUAUGAUUGGCUUGUGAUAGGCGAUGCUUAAUGUGUCUACUUGGUGUUUCCCUUUGAGCUUUGAACUUAUGUCAAACUUUGUUUUCAUUGUUCUGUUGGCCUAGUGUUUCCCAUUGUCAGCCUGUAAUUCCAGCUCAGUUGCAAAGGGAACCAUUUGUUUCCUCCAAUUUACCUUAGAGGAUUUAAAUUGGCUCAAUUGAUGAAGUGGCUGAGAAUUUUUCCUUCCUUGUCCCAUGGGUGAUGUAGGAAAAAGAUUGUCCUCACAUCUGCCUCAAGAGGUAAUGAAUUUGAAUUUGUGUUGUUUCCACUAGUGCAGGCAUUUCACUGAGAUGGCAUGAACCUUUUGAAGCGAGGGGACAGGAAACAGCUAGCACCUAAACCCAGAACAAAACAGUGGAAACCAGUACACACUCAGCCCCCUUCAGUUGAGAAGAGAGAUUUCCAUUUUUUCACCACAGUUGCCAAAUCUGUCCCAUGAAAGAAAGCCAAGCCAUGUUUUCAGUAGUAACAAAAUCACCUUUAAGAGCUGCCCUUUGAACAUCUCCUAUGACUACAUCUCGAGAUAAGAACAACUUUCUUUACCACAUAGAAUUUUUGCUCCUUCCCCAGGAAGACUCCCCAGUGUUCACAACACAUUCAUGACAACAUGUGCACUGCAAGAAAGGACCCAUGAUCUGUAGUUUUCAUUCAUGCUUCGUAAAUGACAAUCACUGCUUGAUGCAGAUGUUGCACUCUAUCCACUCAGGGAUGUUUAGUUUAAAAAAAAAAGAAGGAGGGAAAAAAAAAAAACAGGAAAAUGACAACAAACUAUAAAUGGCAUAAAUUAAAUAUGCCAGUGAGAACCGCUCUGACAAGGCUUUCAGACCAACAGCAGUAACUUUAUGUUGAAAGCUGAAUUCUCUUUUAAACUUUGGACUUGCUGAAAAGUGGCUCACAAGUAAAAAACAACUUAGUCUCACUUUCUAAAAUCUGCUAAGAGCCAAAUGAUCCAGCUGCCCCAUUUAUAAGAAUGUGUACCUCCCAAAGAACCCAAGCUUCCUAAAAAAGCCCUGAGCAAGAGGCCUCAGUGGCAUUAGAUGAAGCUGACAAGGGAGUUGGGGGGGGGUCUAUAAAAGGACAGGCAAAUUUUGGAGGUAAUAUAGGAUAAUAAGGGGUUCCACAUCUGGCUUAGUAUCUCACAUCUACCCCUCUUGUCCAGGUCUGGGGUCCUCUCUUUUCUGCAGCUCCUUUAUCCCCAAAGACUGAAAGCUGAAGGUGGGAGACACACUUGGCAAACUAACCAUUUCUGGAUUUCCCAUUUUUUAAUUCUGUCUCCAGGGCUCUGGACUAAAGGACCACUGAGUAGAUAAAAACUGAGAAUAUAGUGGUCUCUUGGAUAAUGAGAUGGCCUUGAUAGAAUCUAAGAGAUCUAAAUCACAGUGAAUUCUGGAUAUUAACAGUAGGUGCCAGGGGGACAUCCAUACCAAUUCCUAUCAUAGGUGCCUGUUCAACACACAGCUUCACAGUAGUCGAGCUAAACUGCAGACAACCUUGCACUGAGAUAGUCAACUCACACCCACCUCUGAGGUCCCCUGUGUACCAGAUCUGACUGCAAAAGCAAUUCUUGUGUCCAAAAGGUACAACUUACCAGCUUUUUUCAAAAACAUCAGUCAGAUGCAAAUGAUGUCAGUUUUGUUCCAUGUCCUUUGUUUCCAUUUAUUAUAGAAGCAAGGAAAAAUUCUGCUGCUGUUGGAAAUGAGAAGAAAUCACUUUUUCCAGGCUCUUUUUUUUUUUCUCCAUAAACUUUUGUCUCCAAUGAAGUUAUUACAUUGGCAGUAAAUUCAGGCAAGAAUGUCUAUUCCCUGACAGAACCACCAUUCAGUAGAACAGCAAUAAGUUUAAAGUGUACAUCUGCAGUGUAACUUUGCACAAAUCCCCCUAGAUUAAAAAGAGGGAAAGUCCACCAUCUGCUUUAGAUGAAGUGGCAUUUGAUUUUGUUUCCAACCACUAGUACAAGCAGCAACCUGAUAUGGGAAACCAUGUGGGUCUUUAGACAAGAGAUGACAGCCAUUUGGCACUGAUAGUAAGGGACUGUCUCAGGACCAGAGACACAUAUUCGUUUAAAGCUAAGGUGAAAAAUUCAGAAGUCUGAAAAAUCCAGAGGGUUGAUGCAGAUGAGUGAACCAGUCCAGUGGCAAACUAGCAAAGAAAUGCCUAACUGAAAAGGAACGUUCAAUACUCAAAACUGAAGCUGAGGGAUUGCUAAGAUUUCUAAAUCUUAUGUAAUCUCUUGAGUUUUAAAUGUCAGUUGAUUCAGAGUCUAGUGCAGACCAAUCUCUGGGCAGAAGGUGGUCACUUGCAGUCCCUGGUUUAAAGCAGAAUACAAUCAAGGGGCCUGUUUGGCUGGAAGAUGCUGGCCAGAUACAACUCUGGAUGGAUGAUGUUAGCAUCGGAGGGGUGAGGGGUAGGUGAUCCUGCCCUUCUGAUACUCAACUUGGUUUUGAUAUUUGAGUAUCACUACUAGAGGAUAUGGUAAGAGGUCAGUUGAAAAAAAUGGCAGUCUAAAAAUGAAAAUGAUUUAAUUUUAUAAUGAAUUCUGUGACACUUCUGUUUUGACCAAACUUCCAGCUUCAUAGAGCCAGAUGAUUAGAUUUCUUGCUGCUUUUUUCUGAAAGUCCAAUGCACGAUUUUUAUGCUUUUGAGUCUCAGUGUGUUUUUUCAAAUGUGUGGCUUCAAUACCCCCAAGUUUUAAUUUCCCCUCAGUUUGUAUCUACAGAAUUUAUUCGAUAGUCACAAUAUUGUAGUCUGAAGUGUGGGACCACGGAUUCCUAUGCAGCAGAUGGGGGUUGGCUGUUCGUGCACUUUUUUCCUAAGCUGCUGAAAUUCCUCCGAAUUGAAUUGGCCAUAGUAAUCUUAGCCUCCUGCAUGACUGUAAGCACGACCUCCAGUGGAUCAGAAAAAGCAGCUCAGUGAUUGUUCUUAUGGCCAAAAAUAAAGCACAAGGUUACUAGAAUUGAAUAAACCCCGUUGAGGAAAGCCCAGGGAAUGUGCAUCCCUGCUGGGCAGCAUGAUCCUUAUAAUAAACAAUACUCUCCGGAUGGUGGCUGAUGAAGGGCAUUCGCCUGCCUCGGUCAUGGCCAGAUGCAGAUACACAUUAGGUAUGUCUGAGACACACCAGUUCCCACUUCCAAGCACAGUACCGUCUGCUUCAUCUGAUUAACACACACACAGGAAUGAAAACUCCACCUACAGAAAACUGAGUAUGUAUUGUAGAAAUGUAGAGGAAAAAAAAAUAUUUUUUCAAAUGUAAUUACUUUUAAUAUAUGCUUGUGGAAGGUCUAAUACGAUGUAUGCUGUCUCUGUAAUUUUUGCUGUAAAUAACUAGAGACAGUGAAUACACUGAUUUUUCUAUGUCUCUGUUUAAGCAUAAGACUUUGUAACAAUUUUUUUAGAGGGGAAAAAAAAACCAACAAAAAGCAAAUAUGUACUUGCUUCCUUUCUGCGUGUUACGUACUCCUCAGAAACUGGUUGUAAACGUUUAAGCAUCUUGACGGGUCAUUGGUGUUAAGUGUACGUUACUUUUUGUAAGACAGCUGAGAAAGGGACAGGGCUGUCAUUUAAAAUCUGCUCCAAAGAAUUUGUAUUGAAGAUUGGCCUAAGACCUGCAAACUCUAUCUGAACUAGACAAUAUGAAAAAGUUAAAAAAAAAAAAAAAGUUGCCUGAGUAAGUCAUCUUUCCUUGUAGCAAAUGGCUUUGUCCAUAUCCUUUCUGCAUGGAAUAGCUUAAGGAAAACAAACUCUGCUUUCUGAUGAACAAAAUAUUUUUGUACACGUUUAUUUCAUAUUAAUAACCUGAGGUCAGACCACUCAUCCGCUGAAGCCAUACCUGACCUUUACCAAAUAAAUGUUGUCAAGAACCUGGGGGAGGGAUGGGGAGAGACUGAGAGGGAGGAAAAUUGAAGUGUCAUGAGCUGUAACAACACAGGCAGGAGCAAGUCCGAUGAACCUGAUGCUUUUCCUGCAUCCCAAAUACAACUUUAAAAGGCUAGUAUUUUAUGAUGAUCAAUUUAUAAUAAAAAAAAGAUAUUUAGAUUUAAAUGAGACUUUCCAAUAUUUUUGAAAUCCCUGACAAUACUUCCUUGCUUUUAGGAUUGAGAGAAAUGAUUUUCAUAUACUUCCAGUAUUCAGAGAUCUAAUGUUUUUACCGUAGCUCCAGCCCACACGUGUAAAGCGAAGAGCAGUGCUGAGUCCCCCAGCAGUUGAAACCAUGUGCUGCUUGGGGCUUGGCUGUGCACACCUACCAAACACCACUGAACCUAGAAUGUGCAGCUUGCGUCUCUUACUAGCAUGCACGUCACUGUUGGCAAUGCACACAGGUUGCAUUGCCAGACAUAUGUAAAAUAAAAGUAUUCACUCUGAAAAGCAUAAUAAUUAUUCUUUUUUUAAGGAAUAAUGCCUCCUAUAGCCAUUGAUUUUUCUGGAGCUUAAUUACAUUAUUACAUGCAUUAUUACUGGCCUGUAGAGGCAAAAGGCAAACUACAAAUAAACCCGGUGACAUAUAUAGUUUUAAAAUCUACAAUUUUCUGAUCUCUCUCUCCUUCUUUAAUAUGUAAGCCCUAAUUUCUGUGUAUGCGAGUAAAACUGCAGCCUGAGUCAUUUAGGAAGUAAGCAUUGAGUUUUUUUUUUUAUUAUAAAUAUACUAGAAUAAAACAGCACUCCCUAACAAUUAAAAAAAAGUUUUAUAUUACUUUAGAAUGUAAUAGGUUUUUGUCCUUAUUUUAUGUCCUGUAAAUUAUUAGUUGAAUACUGUUAGCAUUCCCUGAUAAUGCACACAUGAUUUCUGAAUGUUUUCUGUAAAUGACAAUCAAUGUUUAUGAAGUUCCCUCCUUUAAUGCUGAACAAAAUUAAAAGAAGAAAAAAAAA